UCUUUCCUUUCUCUCGUAUAAAUCCACUGUCAUCCCUUUUCUCUCUCUCUCCCUCCUCCUCUGUUCCAAUUUGUCAAACCAUUUUCCUCCCUCUUUCUUCACCUUCUUCUCUAAUUUCUUCUGUCAUUUCUUAAGUUUUUUCUUCCGUCGACUUUAAUCGAUCUGUGUGUUUGAAGCAUGGGUAGGUCUCCAUGUUGUGAGAAGGCUCACACCAACAGAGGAGCUUGGAGCAAGGAAGAAGACCAAAAGCUCAUUUCCUACAUCAAAACCCAUGGCGAAGGUUGCUGGAGAUCACUCCCUGAGGCUGCAGGUUUGCUUCGUUGUGGGAAGAGUUGCAGACUGAGGUGGAUAAACUACCUUCGGCCCGAUCUCAAGCGUGGCAAUUUCACCGUGGAGGAAGAUGAACUCAUCAUCAAAUUGCACGACUUGCUUGGGAAUAAGUGGUCUGUAAUAGCUGCGAGAUUACCAGGAAGAACAGAUAACGAGAUCAAGAACUACUGGAACACGCACAUCAAGCGGAAACUCCUCGGCCGCGGCAUUGAUCCUCACAACCAUGGCCCGAUCAAUCACGUUACCACCUUGGAAACCCAUCGAGCAGUUGUAAUCCAAACUAUGAGCAAAGGAGCUGCCGACGACGAAGACGCCGCCGCUACUGAGAAAGGAGACAGAGAAAGAGAUAGCGCCCUUGAGCUUGAUCUCAAUCUUUCUAUAGGCCUGCCUCGCUGAACUAAUGUAGGAACAAACAAGCACACUCCUUUUGCCCAACUAAUUUUGAAGGUAGACGACCUUCUUUGAUUUGCCUAUCCGAAAAAUCUAGAGUGUCCAUUUUGGUUUCAUGCAUGCAAACUGGUGAAGCUUGUAACUGCCUAAAUUCCUACAAUAAUCCACAUGUAUUAAGAUCUCGGAUCUCUGAUUAAUGUGAUUUCAUGAUGGCUUUAAUGCUUAGUUACAUUGUGAUUGAGCCUUAAAUAUGUAAAUUGUGGUCAAAAUUAAGGUGAUA